AUGAAACAAGACGACGAGCAAACAGAAAUCAAACAACCAUCAUCUGUAUCCUCUCCUUCCAAUGGAGAUUCCGCAAAGACGAAUGGAGGUGGCAGCAACAGUGGCAAUGGAGAAGCUAAACCCAAAGCAUUCACAAUUAGAUAUAAGCGUCCCCGUGGUUCACGUGCAUGUACCGUUUGCCGACUGCGUAAAGUGCGUUGUGAUGCUGAAAUUCAUAUCCCUUGCACCAAUUGUAUAACGUUUGGUUGUGACUGUAUAUUGCCUGAAGCCAAGAAGAGAGGGAACGCAGCAGGUGCAACCACCACCAAGUCCGUCAAAAAUAAAAAAAAGAAGGACGAUAACGUCAAGACCCAACAAAAUAAAAAGAAGAAGCAAAAGCAUCUGGAAGACGAAGACGACAGCGAGAAUCAAGAAGGAGACGACGACCACGACUACGACGAGGAACACAAAGCAAAGAAAAUUAAGCAUGAUUCGCAUACUUCCAUUAACCAUAGCGCUAAUUCAUCAGGCACAAACGGUGUAACGUCCUCCACCAACCAAGCAAUUUUAAAUAUCUCACAAAUAAGUGUCCCUCCUAGUUUACAUUCAGACUACAAGAAUAGACCAUCCAUACACAAAAAGGAAAUCCUUCUGAAUAAACACCCACAAAAGCCAGCAUUAACAUUCUUGGGUUCAUCAUCAAAUGUUGUUGUUCCCCACGCCAUUGGCGAAAACCACGUUAGACUUACAGAGGACAUUUUUGAAGUUAAUGAAAAUUCUCUUGAUUCGGUUGAAUUGGAAAUUCUAAAACUUAGAGGCGCUUUCUUACUUCCACCACGAGAAUUGGCGCUUGAUUUGAUUGAAGCAUACUUUGAACAUGUUCACCCACUUAUGCCAGUUAUAAACCGAACUAUGUUUAUGAAAAAGUUUAACGAUCCAAAUGAUAGUCCAAGUUUGAUGCUUUUACACGCAGUAUUACUCUGUGGGUGUCGAGUGCUGAAGAAUCCACUUUUGUUAGACUCUUCUGGUCUGAAUUCACUUGCCGCCUUGACAUUUUUCAGAAGAGCCAAAGCAUUAUAUGAAACAAAUUAUGAAAGUGAUCCGGUGUCCAUUAUCCAAACAAUAAUCUUAAUUGGAAGUUAUUGGGACGGUCCUGAGGAUGUCACUAAGAAUUCAUUCUAUUGGACAAGGGUUGCUGUGGGCUUAGCUCAGGGAUUUGGAUUUCAACGAGAUGUAAGCAAUUCCAGAAACUUAACUUGUUCAGAAAAGAAAUUGUGGAGAAGAAUUUGGUGGUGCUUGUUUGAAAAAGAUCGUAAUGUGGCCAUUGCAUUUGGGAGACCAAUAGUUAUUGAUUUAAAUGAUUGUGAUGUUCCAAUGUUAACUCUUGAUGACUUUAAUGAAGAUGACCCAGAAUUGGGUAUUGUUUCCCCCUACCCUGUCAAUGAAACCCAAGCUCUUUACUUUAUUCAUUUGGUGAAAUUAGCUGAAAUCACUGGUAUAAUCAUUAAACACCAAUACAGUGUCAAAUCAGAAUCAAUGAAACUCAAGAAUGUAUUCUCCAUUAUUGAGCAUUGUGAUAUGUUGAUGGGUAUUUGGUUCACUAAUCUUCCUCCGCAAUUGGUGUUUUCAUUAACUGAUAAUGCUACUCAAAACUUUUACCUGUGUCUUCUUAAUGCGCAGUAUUAUAACCGACUUUAUCUUAUCCACAGAUCCAAUUUAAUCAGAAUGGCAAAAUCAUCUUCAACGAACCCUAAUAAUUAUAAGUAUCCUUCAUGGGGUAUCUCUUUCCAAUCGGCCAGAAUGAUUAGUAUUAUCUCCAAGAUUCUCCUUGAUCGUGACCAAAUCAAAUAUGUUCCUUCAAUGUAUGUUUAUAUCACAUUUUCCGCUUUGGUUAUGUUAAUCUAUCAUGUUGAUUCUGCAAAUACUGUUAUUGCCAGUACUGCCAGUGACUCCCUUUAUGUUUCCAGAUCUGUUCUUAAGGAAUUGUCAAAGUAUUGGCCAAUUGCUGGUGUUUUGAUGAAGUUGUUUGACAAGUAUGCCAAUGAUAAAUGGAAGCGAGCAAAAGUUAUCGAACACCGUAGUCAACAUGCAGAAUAUACCGAGAACAAAAAAGGUGGAUAUAUGGGUUUGUACAGCCAAGUACCAGUGCAACCUCUGCAACAGCAAGUACAACAACAAGCUCAAGAACUUCUGCCACACAAUGAUGGUAGCAGUAUCUACUCCGGAGCUUCUGGCAUCUCCCCUGGUGGUAAUGUGUAUGAUUAUCCAGCUUUCUCAAGCCAAGCUCAAUUAAAUAAUCAAUCCAAUUCAGUGCGUCAAGUUGCCACACCUACUGUUACUACUCCUCAACAACAACAACAACAACAACAACAGCAACAAUCUAACGACAUUCAAACUCAAGCAGCAGCACCCAAUAUCGAAGACCUUAUUCAACAGUACAAAAUUCCAAUGAAACGUGCAGCUGAAUCCGAACAAUCUACAUCCACCAGUGAUACUUCCCCUACAUCUUCAACCAAAUCAUUCCCUGAGAUCAACUUGGUCACUGAUUCACAAAUUGCUACUCAGCAAAACUUUUUCGAAAAUUUCGAGCCAACUCAAUUAUUUCCUAACUUCAGUCAACCCCCCACCAGAAGCCAGAGUCCUCAUCCUGAUCAUCAAGUAGGGAGCAAUGUUUAUCAAAGCUUAGAACAUUUAAGUGGAAUUGAAGAAAGAAGAGACAGCGAAGAUCGUGAAAAUGAACCAAAACAACAAUCUCAACCACAACUGCAAGUGGUGCAACCCCUGCCACAUGUAGCUAUGAUUCCCGAUGAAAACUACACACCCGGCUUUAAUCCAAAUACUCCAGGAUUCCAAACCAAUUUUGUUGAUUCCUCUUACAUUAAUAUGAAUUUACAAAGUGGAGUUGAGAUGCAAGAUGAUUUUACCGGGUUGUUUAAUUUUGUAAAGUAA